UUGAUAGUAUAAAACAAGUCAAAAUAUGGUGUCGAGAGUUGAAAGAGUAGCGGUCCUUCGAAUCCAAGCCAAGCCACCUUUCACUAUUGGAAAAAAUAAUAAUAAUUGAACAAGUUCAUCAUCAAUUAAAAAAAAGUAAGAAACUAGGCUAACACGUUGCACGCCCUUUGUUCUUAUCUAUGUAUUGUUUUCUGAUACGGUGUGCUCUGAAAAAGUCCAUGCUACCUACCUUCCUUAAUUAUAACAACAUCAUCAAAUUCCUCUCUUAAUUUCACCAAGAAAGAAACAGCUUUGCAUCUGAAGAUUGUGUGAGUUAAUUAGUUAAAGCAAUGAGGAAGGGGAACAAGAAGAAGCAGAACAAGUUGGUGUGGAUCAUAACGACGCCGUUGAGAAUGUUGGGGAAAGCGAGGGACAUGUACGUGAGAAGCAUAACGAAUUGCGGUCACAAGAUGAACUAUAGCAACCCCGUGGAUGCUGCUGGCAGACUCCAGGCCUUGCCCAGGAGCUACAGUGCUGCCACGUCACGCUCCGACAACAACGAGGAUUUCGCCGAGCUUUUGCGAGCGGCUUCCGCCAGGACUCUGGGCAACAGAAUCGAUGUGGAUUUGGUUCUCAAACAGAAGGCCCAGGCCCGGCCCGUAUCUUCGAAUGGGCUGCCCAAGUCCACCAGCGUUGGCAUGGGCCGGAUCGACGAGGACACGCCUUAUGAUUUGGGGGAAGGGGAAGUUCCCGUUGUGCCCAAAGCGUAUCCCAGAAGUAGAAGCUACGCUGUUGGAAUGACAAGUGCUGUUUUGUGAAUUGAGUGUCAAGUUGUCAAUUACCUAGCUUCUGGAUUAUCUGCAUUACGCAUUCUGAGAUAGAUGUUGAUGGAUUCUUUUCUCUCAAGGGAAAGAUGAUUGCUUAAUACAUUCUUGCUAAUUUUGUUGAGAUUAAUUAGAUUUGAUCGGUUUAGUUUUUCAUUGUAAUACAUUGAAAGCAACGGUUUUGUGUAAAGUGAUUUUUUUUUCCUUUA